AUGCCUGAUGAUUCAUUAUUUGCGCCGCUCACACCCACGGGUCAAUCCGAGCCUGGGCGCUCUGAGAAUCAUCUGGAUAGUCAAGGGUUGAGCCGCCUCAGGCAUCAACUUCAGGCUGUCCACAUUGGUGGAGCCCUGACGCUUGAUUCGCUGCUGCAAUACUGCUUUAUCCUUUCGAACGGUCAGGAACCUGAACCGCCGUUGCUCAAACAGCUCCUCGAUUGGAUCGCGGCCUCAGCCGAAAUCUCAGUUCUCAAGAACUUUUUUUCCAUCAAGUCUCAUACAGUUCUGGCCGUUUGGGAAGCUUUGAUGAAGUCUGCCAUCAAUUUAAAGCGCCAAGAUGUGGUCAUGUUCUCAUCGAUGUAUCAAUAUUGA